CGCCUAGUUCUUACCUGCACCUGUUUCUCCUCCGCCUCUCUCUGCAGCCGAAGCAAAAAUGCCGUUCAAGCGUUUCGUGGAGAUCGGAAGGGUUGCACUCGUCAACUAUGGCCCAGAAUACGGAAAGCUCGUCGUCAUUGUCGAUGUUAUCGACCAGAACCGGGCUCUUGUUGAUGCCCCGGAUAUGGUUAGAAGCCAAAUGAACUUCAAGAGGCUUUCUUUGACAGAUAUCAAGAUUGAUAUCAAAAGGGUACCUAGGAAGAAGACUUUGAUUGAGGCAAUGGAAGCUGCAGAUGUUAAGAACAAGUGGGAGAAAAGCUCGUGGGGAAGGAAGUUGAUUGUGCAAAAGAGAAGGGCUUCAUUGAAUGACUUUGAUAGGUUCAAGAUCAUGUUAGCCAAAAUCAAGAGGGCUGGAGUUGUUCGCCAGGAACUUGCCAAGCUGAAGAAACAGGUUGCUGCAUAACUAACUACUACUUAACUCUCCCUAGAAGUUGAAUUUUGUUUAAGACAUUAUUAUUAUGUUCAAAUUUGAGGUUUUUCAUUGCUUUUGGUUGAUGUGUUUCAGACAUUCCUUCAUUGUUUUUAUUAAUGCUGGAUUUUGUUUA